AUGACGAAGAAGAAACGAGUGACAUGCAGCAAUUGUGGAAAGAAGGGGCACAACAGGACGAGAUGCGUAGAGGAGGUCAUCCACGCAGUCCACGUCAACGAUUCUGGAAGCUCCUUCCAGGUGGACACUCCAUCGAUACCUCAGACGAAUGACCCUCCAGAGGGUCAGGAGGACCUGUCAAAAAAGGGGCACGACUAUGAUCAGCCAAGAUCGAAGCGGGCCAAACAGGAGAUGGAUAUUCAAAAGAUGAAGCCCGAAGCCCGUCCCCUCCAGCCCAAAGCGCAGACAAGACCAGCAGAGGCGGCCCAGGACGCGCAGGCAGAGUCGAGCUUGCAAAGCCCGGCGUCACUCGCGCGCCUCCACGAGGAGGCAAGCGCGCGCGCGGCUCAGCGCGCGGCGGAGCUGGCUGAGACGGCCCUGGCCGAGGAGAUGGAGAAGCGCCACGUGGUUGAGGCACAACUCGAAGCCGCAACGGCCAAGCGUGCGGAGGCGGACGCGAGCUUUGCGCAUAAGGAGGCGCAGCUCAAGGAGCGGUUGGCAGCGGCAGAGGCCGCUCGCGCAGGCCUGGAUUCGAGGCUGAAAGAGGCUCAGUGGCUCGUGGAGGAAAACACGCGCGCAGAGGAAGAGGCGAAAGCUGAGCUGCGGCUAUUGAUGGAGUCGGGCGAAGCGGCCCGGGAGCGGAAAGCUGCGGAGGCGCCCGAGCUGCAGCAAGGGUUCGGGAAGCCAGAGCCUGCAGGGUCCGACUCAGCGCUGUGGAGAUCAAAAGGGGCGAUACAGAGGCAGUGCACGCCGAAGGGGCGGAGUUGCGCGGGCCGGCAGAGGCCGAAAAGCAACUCAAGACAGAGCAGGCAGGGGAGCACCCGGACAACGGAGGCGGCGGCUGCUCGAAUGUUCGAGGACCGCAAGGUCGUCCUUCCAGAAUGGUACUACGAAGGUCACGAAGAGGAGGCGUACCGCGAGUUCGGCUACCUGUUGCGGGAUAUGACUCUGGAUGACGCAAUCAGGGAGGCGCUCGAGGCGCUCUCACACAUUGAGAAGGAAGUGAAGAGGGCUUCUCCGGAUCUGAGAAUCAUCAUCGAGACGAAGGACUUUAGGAAGGGUUACGAACGGUUCUUGGAGGAUAGGCCUGAUUACAUGAAAGAGAACUGGGAUGUUACGGUCAUCCGCACUCCCAUGUUGAUGGACUGGGACGGUGACUUUGACGUUUGCUGCGCUGGUCAGCACUCACCGGAUGCCAGUAUCGAAUGA